UUCAGAGACUCGCUGGCGCCCCCUCACAUCUAACAAGACAUGCAUUGCUUGUGGUUUUAUUUAUUGUAGAACAUCUACGAGAGGGUAAACGAAGAGUGGAAGUCACUUUUUACAUUUCAGCAUGAAGGCUGCUGCUGAGCCAAAGGGGAUGAGCUCAGACCUGCGGAAGGUGCGGUCUCGUGAUGCGGCGCGCUCCCGGCGUAGCCAGGAGACCGAGGUGUUCUACGAGCUGGCGCACAGCCUGCCGCUGCCCCGCCGCGUCGCCUCGCACCUGGACAAGGCCGCCAUCGUGCGGGUGGCACUCAGCUACAUGCGCAUGCAAUGCAUCCUCGCCACAGGUGAUGCUAACGCAGAGCCAGCCCCUGACAUAGAGGAACUGAGGAAGAGUGAAGAGGAGGCCACAGACAGCCUCUACCAGCAUGCGCUGGACGGCUUCGUCAUGGUGAUAACUGAAGAUGGCGACUUGGUCUUCUUGUCUGACAGCGUGGACAAGCACCUCGGGAUCAACCAGCUGGAGUUGCUUGGCCAAAGCGCCUAUGAUUUUGUCCACCCGUGUGACCAAGAGGAGCUGCGUGAUCUCCUGACCAUCAAACCAGCACCCUUCAAGAAGACCCAGAGUCACAGACAGACGGAGUGCAACUUCUUCUUGAGGAUGAAGAGCACUCUGACCAGCAGAGGAAGAACAGUCAACAUCAAGUCUGCCACCUGGAAGGUUCUCCACUGCACGGGCCACAUGCGCCAGUACAGGGCUGAGGGUGGGACAGCGCCCCCUCUUGGCAGCUACCUGACACUGCUGUGUGAGCCCGUCCCUCACCCCUCCAGCGUGGAGUUCCCGCUGGACUGCAGCACCUUCCUCACACGCCACAACAUGGACCUCGGCUUCACCGAGUGCGACGGCAGGGUAACAGAGCUCGUGGGCUAUGAACCGGAGGACCUGAUUGGCCGGUCGGCCUUCGAGUACUAUCACGCCUUGGACUUCAAUCAUGUGACCAAGAGCCUUCAGACUUUGAUGUCCAAGGGGCAGGUGAGCACCAGACACUACCGCUUCCUGGCUAAGAACGGGGGCUUCGUGUGGGCAGAGACCAAGGCCACGGUCAUCUACAACAGCAGGACGUCCCAGCCAGAGGCCGUGGUCUGCCUCAACUUCAUCCUCAGUGGGGUGGAGCAUGCAGACGUGGUAUUCUCAUCGGAGCAGACUCGCUCCACGCCAACUCCUGCUCCUCCAGAGGAAGUCAAGGUGGAGGUGCCGAAGGAGGUGGAGAAGGAGGCUUGCAGCGGUGGCACCUCCUCCUCCUCAGGGGAGCUGUACCUCCGUCUGAAGCAGAGUCCAGAGGAGCUCCUGCAGCUCGCUCCCGCACCAGGAGACACCAUCGUCCCCCUCAGAGAGUGUGCAGACCUGUGUUUCGGCCGCCCGGAGAGCCCGGACUCACUGCCCGAUUUCCCCAAAGAGCUCUGCAGCCCCGAGCUGUGCCAGCUACUCUCUCCCAUCUUCGACCUGCCCGCAUCUCCAGCACCAACACUGAGUCCACUGGCCACUGGCGAGGUUGAGAGGUUCUUUGCCAUUAAACCAGAUGGUGCACGUGGAGAGAGCUGCACAGAGGUUGUGGAAGACAUGGACCUAGAAAUGCUGGCACCGUACAUCUCUAUGGAUGACGACUUCCAGCUCACCGCACUGACCCACUUCACUGAGGCAGAGGCUCUGGCCCCCACAGACCCCGCCCCCGGCGCACCCCUCUCAGGGCCCUCCAGGAAGAGGCCCCAUGACGCAGAGGAAGACGUGCCCUCGCUGGUGCUGAAGUGGGAGAAGAGGCAGAAAAACAGCCUGAUAGAGGAGGAACUACUACUGACACACAACCUGUUGAACUGUUUGAUGGACUCCGACGGUCCCGAUGAGUUGGAGAUGCUGCCCCAGCAGCAAAGCAAGCUGUUGACUGACAGAGAUCCCCUCCUGGGAGCCACCCCUGGCUUGUGUGACAGCAUGGCCCUGAUGAAAGACACGUUUCUGCUCCGCCCCCCUGAUCCAGUUGGUCAAGAUAUUGGCCCAGUGUCCGCCCUCACUUGAGACGGCAUACACCCCACCCCCACCCACUCAUCAUGUCAGUGUCCGCCCUCACUUGAGUCGGCAUACACCCCAACCCCCACCCCACCCCACCCCACCCCCACUCACCAUGUGACAGUCAGCUCAAUUAUGGUAGGGGUCAGGGCGUGAGUGACCAUGCCAUCAUGAGACAGGGAAUUCGUGACGGAUUGUCUUGUACUUUCACCCAGUUGUAUUGCACAAACCAGCUACUGUACGUCAUUCGUACAUCCGUAAUAUGUUUAUACACAAUACAUUUCAUCCAAACCUUUAAAAUAGUUAUGGUUUUAAUUAACCAAAGCAAGCUUGCCCAAGCAAGUCUUAUAGCUAAGCUCUCCGAAACAUGCUCUCCAGCGUGAUUUUAGUUCUGUUUCAAAAACUCUUUUAAAACACUACUGCUGUUCAUCAUGUUGCAUGCAUGUAAAACUUUUUUAAGAUCACUACUUCAGGCGUCAGCAGGUUCAGCAGUGGACUAUCUAUGGAAAUGUUGACGACAGGCAGUCUGUAAUUUUGAGGCCAUAAGAUGAAAACAUCCUUUUCGUGUUUUCUGAACCACACAGGAAAUGGAAGAGCUCUUUACAGAAGCAGAAGUGGUCAGCAGCGCUCACAGCCUGUGUCCUGCUGUUAACAUGCAACUGGUAGAGCUGUGUGCGCUUGCUCUUGUUUCUUGCUCUUGUUUCUGUCUGUCUCGACCCCUAGAAUCCAUUUUGUUGCCAGUGGCGUGAAGUCCGUGCUGCUGUCGCUUGUGUGGUUUUUGUUCUGACCCACAUUCUCACGGAGAUUUAAGCCAUUCCGCACACAUUCGCUGUUUGUCCCAGGGUAGACUAAAAUCAAAUGAAGUCAGCUUUGUCAUGUUUUGUAAAAACACAACCCUGACCUCAGCUGCAACCUCUUAUCUCAAUGGAGAAACCUGUAAAAAUAACGCACAGAACCACGCUCUGCUCUAGGUGUCCUCCUAGAACCGGUACCCUCUUAGAACCAGUGCCUUACGGCUCUAGCAACAAAUGUACGCACAAUUUCUGUACACUACGUACAGCUUUACUCCAAAAGCCAAGCAUACGCACAAGUUUAUACACAGUUCCAAGGGCUUUUCACAGUAAGGGCAGUCGGCCCCGGAAAGAGGGUUUCUUUAGGUUUUAUACAACUAGAUUACAUCCGAGAUGCAGUGGUAUCACAAACUUUACCUCAGUCUUCAGCAGUGGCAUCAAUGAAUCAUGAUAGGUAAUAUUCCAAUGGGGGAAAAAAAAGAGAAAAGAAUCACACCUGACGCAUUAUUAGCCGUCCGUGACAUUUUUAAAGGAGGUUUUACUUAGUGUAUUUUUGACUGUUUUGUUUUUGCUAUAUACAUUUAUAUACUUUUUAAAAUGUUAUAAGAGCCUCUUACUUAUGUCAGCCAUAAUAAGCUUUGUUGUGUGUGUGUGUGUGUGUCCACUCUUUACAUCUCAUUGAUAUAUUGAUUAUCAAUAGCAUAUGGGUAGAAUAUCAUCUGACCUUUCUUUGUUUGUAGUUCAUCAGUUUUCUCAAUGUGGUUUGUAUUUUGUCAUUGUGGACAUGCUAUAUGAAACUCAAACAUCUCAAGGUGUUUGUUUUUGUUUCAAGGAAGCACACUAGAUUUGUUUGUAACCUCCUCUUCCUCUCUCAAUCUCUCUCUCAAGCUAACCCUAGUAACCAUGUGGUGUUGAUCAUGUAACUGUCUUAGCUCAAAUAAACAUAUUUUAGAGA